AUGGUUCUAAAUAUCUGUCAAAUAACAAAUAAUACCGCCAAUCUAUUCAAUCUCAUAAAUUCCGAAAACCACAAUGAUGAUUACUCAAUCCCGCCGUAUACGACAAGAUACGCUGAUUCUUGGGUUCCCUGGAAAAAUAAAGACGACACUAAAUAUAUUUUAAUCAGACAAAAUCCGGAUUCUGAUGAAAACUCUCGCACCGGUACUUCACCAGUGACCCUAAAAUUAUGUGACUAUCAUUUUCAUCUAAUUUGCACGAUAUAUCCAUUCAGAACCGUCGCACGUCAACGUGUAAAUAGCAGUAAAGAUUUCUCUAUAAAUAUUAAUGAUAGGAAAUUUACUUUUGUUUGUAUAAAUGGUGAAUUUUUACCUGGAGUCCAAAGUUUCGACGUUACUUAUUAA